UACUUGGCAACUCUGAUUUGGUUUACUACCUGAAUCUAACACAAUUAAAAGGAAGGAAUAAAUAAUAAUUGCAAUACAAUAACUUUACACAUACAAACAUAUCUUAAUACAACUGGCAGCAGCUGGCAAAAGUAACAACAAAAUCUUCCUAAAUUUCUAAGAUGGGGUUCGACGGCGAUGAGGAAAACUUUAAGAUUGUCAAUGGCCAAGCGUUCACCGAGGAUAAUAUGUUGGUACACAACCUUUUCGUUUAUAACAUUCCGAUUAAGACCACAACUGAGCAAUUCCUGACAUACUUUAAGAAGUUUGGCGAAAUAAAAAAUGUUCGUUUAUUAAACGAUAAUAAAAAGCGUAGAAAUGUUCAACAUCACCAUCAAACACAAAAGAUUGGAUUUGUCAACUUCUGUGACGCCAAAGUUGCAGCCAAAGUACUGCAAAAUAAAAAUCAUGCCAUAAAUAAGAAAAGAAUUGGUGUGCGUGCAUGUGAUAGUUGGCACCAGCCCGGUGCUCUAGGAAAAAAAGAUGCCUCAGGUGCCACAGACAAUUCAAGCAGCGAGCAGUGUCAACAGGAGGCCUUAAUUCUAAAUUUAAACGACGAUUGUUUGGACUUAAUAUUCAAAAAUUUGCCCCUGCUUGAUCAAAUCAAUUUUGCUCGAACUUGCCGCCGUCUUAAAGAUGUAUUUACAAUGCACUCCAAGGCAUGCUAUAAACAUUUUCUUCUACCUGAUUUGGAAAAACUAACGUUAUGGCAGACGCGUCAAUUCCUCGAAAUGGCUGGGCCUUGCAUUGAGGUUUUGACAGGGCAGCUGUCAUACAAACAAACAAAUCGUAUUAUUGAGUUUCUGGGUCUAUUCUGCACAAAUGUUAAGACUCUACAAAUGACAAAAGUGAUUUUGAAACCAAAAAAUUUGCGCAAAUUAUUGAAAAAUAUGACGAAAAUCGAAGCGUUGUAUCUAGGCAAUACUGAACUAUGCGAUUCAUGCAUUCCCAUUUUAAAGAAUUUACCCAAUUUAAAGACGCUGGGUUUGGAACGAAAUACUGAACUGACAGGAAGAUUCAUCAAAGAACUUACCUCCAUUGAAAGGCUUUACCUCAAUGGAUGUCAUAGCUUGAGAUCACGUUAUUUUAAAAACAUUUGCGAAAGCCUUACCGAAUUAAAUGAUUUGGAAAUCGAAGAGUGUAUCCUUCUAAAAUCAAUGAACCUUGCAGAAAUGGUCAAAUGCUUGAAUAAACUCGAAACUCUGAAGUUAGGUUUUGAUUCAGCACAACUGCAUCAUCUCGCCCUGCUGCCAAAAUUAAAACACCUGUCACUUGACUGUUCAUUCGUGCUGCAAACCAAUUUAUUUACUACAUUGGCAGAACACAAGGCAGAUCAAUUGGAAACUUUGAUUUUGUUCAACUACCAAUGUCUGGAUUUCGAGAAAAUAUGUAAAAUAUCGGAAUUGAAGAAGCUAAAGAAAAUCAUAUGCCCCAGUAGUGAGAAACUCGAUGAUGCAUGUAUGGAAAUGAUAGCAACGUUGCCGCACCUUGAGGUUUUGUGCUUGAAAAAUUGCCAAAGAUUUACCGGCAAAGGUUUGUUAGAGGUGAUUAAGCAUUGCCACAAACUACGCACAAUUAAUAUUUGGAAUUGCAAGCAAUUGACUGAACAAUUUGCAAAAGAUUGUCUGCAACAAAUAAAAGGGCUGCAAACGCAACGGGAUAAACCGCUUACAAUUUAUGCCUACCGCUCGGGCAUUGAACAGUUUACCACUGCAUCAGCGGAGUUUGAGGAAGCCCGUAACAUGUUGGAAUUCACUUUUAAAAUUGAUCGUCUGCAAAUAUCGGAACUGAUUCUUGAUUAUUCUGACCACGAUGAUUUUUAUGAUAUUGAUUAUAGUGAUGAUGAUGAUGAUGAUGAUGAUUAUGAGGACGAUGACGAUAUGUUUGACCACAUCGAUCUUGAUGACGAUGACUACUAUAUGUACUAUUCCGAUCCUGAUGAUGAUGAGGAUGAUAUAGAGUUUCAGCUGUUUCGCCAUGCCUUAUUCGGUCCCCCCAUUUAAUUAUCGCCUAGGGCGAGAAGAUGCUUUCGGAUUUUAACUAACUUACUUACUACCAACCUACAAAUGGCUCUUAGAUUCCGUAUACUCGCCAUUACUUGCUGCAAGCAGAAGUCCAUGUAUACUUUGAUUAUUAGCUCAACUAUGGCAGCCUUAUCAUCAUUAUUUGUCGCCAAUCGACUUUAACUCCAACAUUUAACUCGAUUUUUUUUUAUAUAUAUUUUCUGUUGUUUGUAGUGUUUCUUUGGGUUUUUUGUCGUAUCUAAGCCAUCGCAGGGAAGGAAUCCUGGCGAUGGGUAUGCCAAUAAAGCAACUAUUCCUAAAUAUGUAGCAUAUGAAAUGCACUUUGAUAAAUGUCUACAUCAUGUAUACAGAAAAUAAAAUUUUCUUUUAUAGUAGUAUUGUACUAGCCGAACCAGGCCCGCUCCGCUGCGCCUUCUUUAA